AUGCAGGAUAUAAUUAUGCAGAAUGUAAUUAUGGUGGAAACAAUCAUCGAAGAUCCAAGCGUACAAGAUAUCAUCAUGGGCGACAGCGACAACAACAGCAACAGCAACAACAGCAGUAUCGAGGAACCCAGCAAAGAAGAUACCAUCAUGCGCGAUACCAUCCAUGAAGAGCCAAUUUCCAACGACACAACAAUGGCAAACACCGAAAUGGAAAUGGAAAUCAACGACCAUGCAAGAAUCCAAGAUACCAUCAUGGAAGAUCUAUGCACUGAAAACCUAAAUCUAGAUGUAGAUGUACAGGAUAGCUAUAUGGCUGAUGCAGAAAUAGAUAUCAUACUCGGGGAUGCGGAUAUCGCCAUGGCUGAUGCUGAUGCUGAUGCGGAACUAGAACCACAGGAUGAUGAUGCAAUCAUGGAAGAUGUAAGUAGCACCCAUACCACCACCCAAACCGAAACACAAACCAAAACACCAUUCCUCUACCCCGCCUGGAUAUCCUCUAGAAAAGCACGCUAA